AGUGUGGUUAGUGUGCGAGACUAGUCCUGACAGUGCUUCUCGGGACUAAGGCAGGACAGCGAACUACACGGUACCAUUCCCUCCUUGAUUGCGGGCAAUGAAAUUUACAGAUUGAAAGUGGGGGAGGAAUAAUAUAUAAAAUGACGGUGGACUUUGAAGAAUGUAUCAAAGAUUCUCCCAGAUUCAGGGCAAAUAUCGACGAGGUCGAGACGGAGGUGGUGGAAAUUGAAGCGAAGCUAGAUAAGCUAGUGAAGCUAUGCAGCGGUAUGAUCGAGGCCGGCAAGGCCUACGUCAGCGCCAACAAGCUGUUUGUCAACGGGGUUCGGGACCUCUCCCAGCAGUGCAAGAAGGACGAGAUGAUCUCAGAGUGUUUGGAGAAAUUUGGAGAGAGUCUUCAGGAAAUAGUCAACUACCACAUGAUCCUGUUCGACCAGGCCCAGAGGUCUGUCAGGCAGCAGCUACACAACUUCGUCAAAGAGGAUGUGCGCAGGUUCAAGGAGACCAAGAAGCAGUUUGACAGGGUGCGUGAGGACAUGGAGAUGGCCCAGGUGAAGAAUGCCCAGGCGCCGCGGAACAAGCCCCACGAGGUGGAGGAGGCCACGGGCACACUCACCAUUACCCGGAAGUGCUUCCGGCACCUGGCACUGGACUACGUGCUGCAGAUCAAUGUUCUUCAGGCAAAGAAGAAGUUUGAAAUCUUAGAUUCGAUGCUGUCCUUCAUGCAUGCCCAGCACACGCUCUUCCAGCAGGGAUACAACCUCCUGGAUGAGAUCAAUCCCUACAUGAAGAGACUGGCGGCAGAGCUGGAUCAGCUGGUGAUCGACUCGGCCAUAGAGAAGAGGGACAUGGAGCAUAAGCACGCCACCAUUCAGCAGCGGACUCUGAUGGAGGAUUUCUCCUACGACGACUCGAAGGUGGAGUUCAAUGUGGAUGCUCCCAACGGUGUGGUGAUGGAAGGGUACCUGUUCAAAAGGGCCAGCAACGCCUUUAAGACAUGGAACAGGCGGUGGUUCUCCAUACAAAACAGUCAGCUGGUGUAUCAGAAGAAGUUAAAGGACUCCCUGACGGUGGUGGUGGAGGACCUGAGGCUUUGUUCUGUCAAGCCCUGCGAGGACAUCGAGAGGAGGUUCUGCUUCGAGGUAGUCUCCCCCACCAAGAGCUGCAUGCUGCAGGCGGAGUCGGAAAAGCUGAGGCAGGCCUGGAUCCAUGCAGUGCAAGCCAGCAUCGCCUCGGCCUACCGGGAAAGCCCUGACACGUACUACAUCGAGCGCCUAGACCGCACGGCCUCACCGUCCACCAGCAGCAUCGACUCGGCCAGCGAACCGCGGGAGCGCUGCGUGCGUGCGGACGGCAUACUGCACCGCGUCCAGUCCGUGCCGGGCAACGAGAUCUGCUGCGACUGCGGCCAGGCCGAUCCACGCUGGGCCAGCAUCAACCUAGGCAUCCUGCUGUGCAUCGAGUGCUCCGGCAUCCACAGGAGUUUGGGCGUUCACUGCUCCAAGGUCCGGUCACUGACUUUGGAUUCUUGGGAACCAGAAUUAUUGAAGCUGAUGUGCGAGCUGGGAAACGGCACCAUCAACCACAUUUAUGAAGGGUCUUGUGAAGAAUUAGGCGUGAAGAAGCCCGGGCCCUCAAGUUCAAGACAGGAGAAGGAGGCCUGGAUAAAAGCCAAGUACGUGGAGAAGAAGUUUCUGAAGAAGCUGUCGGGCAGCGAAGCCUUAGUGAACGGCGAGCGGAAAUCACGGCGCUGGAGCGUGAAGACGUGCCAGAGGCACGACAGCAGUGGCAAAGCCCCCAAAUCACGCCGCAAGCACCGGCAAGAGCCUGGCAGUGCCUCUCCGGCCACCCUGUCUUCAGUAGCUGCCGCACUGGAGAGGAAAUUUCGGAGGGACUCGCUCUUCUGCCCGGACGAGUUGGACUCUCUCUUCUCCUAUUUCGACACGGGCUCCGGGCCUCGCAGCCCCGCAGGUCUGAGCAGCGACAGUGGCCUCGGUGGCAGUACAGACGGCAGCACGGACAUCCUGCUGUUUGGCUCGGUGGUGGACAGUGUCACGGAGGAAGAGUGCGAGGUUUCGGAGGAGUCGAGCGGGGAGACAGAGCUGGAGACGUCGGACCCUGAGGACCUUCGGGACCUGCACCCCGGCGGCCUUCUGUACAAGGCGUCACGAGCACGGAACCUUCCCGCCAUGGCGGCGGCGCUGGCUCAUGGAGCGGACGUCAACGCCACCAAUGACGAGGACGAGAGCAAGAGCCCGCUUAUCCAAGCCGUGGCCGGGGGUUCAUUGAUAGCCUGCGAGUUUCUGCUGCAAAAUGGUGCCGACGUCAACCAAAGAGACAUCCGAGGGAGGGGGGCCCUCCACCAUGCCACAUAUCUAGGACACACGGGGCAAGUCUGCCUGUUCCUGAAGCGAGGAGCUAACCAGAACGGAGAUGAGGACGGCCAGGACCCGCUGAGCAUCGCCGUGCAGGCCGCCAACGCCGACAUCGUCACCUUGUUACGUCUGGCUCGGAUGAACGAGGAGAUGCGGGAAUCCGAAGGCCCCCUCGGACAGCCAGAUACGGCUGUCGGCAUGGCUGCCAUGAAAUCACAGCUCAAGGAUUUUCGGGAUAGAGUGAGUGGAGUGUCAUGGUUCUUGACGCUGGGCUUUGUUCCUCUGUGGGUGUGGUGCUUUCAUUUAUGGAGCCCCUCUCUUUCCCAACUGUUCCUGUCCAGACUGCUUUUCUCUCACACAAAGUGGGCUUUUUGUUCAUAGGAGGGAAGGAAAUGAACAAUUCCAUAGUAAAAUGAGUAUUAAAGUAUUUCCUGUGCGCUCCUUUCAAAAAGCACACUGACUUAUGCUAAUAAACCAAUUAUAAAGGUUAAAUGGUCAUUGUACGGUAAUAUAUAAUACGCUAAUUCAAAGCUGGCUAAUAUACUGGAAAAGAAUGCAAUCAUCAUGGGUUUUAUGGUAAUGAUUUUGAUUUAUGCUCUCUUCCCAAAUACAAUCUAAAAAAAAUAGAGAAAAGUUCCCCCACUAACAUGUACAGGGUGAUAAUUGCAGACAGAGGAUAUUAACUCUUGGGAUGGGUCUGUGUGGUGGAAGGAUUUACUCACUAUGUCUUUCGAAGUUUUCCUUAAUAAAACUUAGUAAGGUUAAAGGUCAGUGACCGAAGUGUUUAAAUUAGGUUGUUUUUUUCACAUUUUUCACUGUGGAUAUAGUAAUGACACUGAUUUAAUGCACUGGAACUGCAGUGCAAAUGCAGAUAAACAGCAUAUUGGUCCUGACACUGUAUUUUGUGGCAUAAAAAAGUUAAAAUACCACUAUUAAUACUGAAAAUACUAAUGGAUGUUGUUAUUGUUAUUAUUAUUAUCCUUAAUAUUAUUAUAAACACAGUGUCAAAAAUGGGUCACUGUAAAUAGUAAAGGCAUUAAGUAUAAAAGUGUAAGAAAUCCAUAUAAAAUAUAAAAUUCCCAUAAUAAUUAUCUUCCUUGUGGGAAAUUCCCAAAAAUAUCUUAUCUCCUUCUAUGAGUAUUUCUGGUAGAUUUUUCAUAUGACACUCUAGGUUUCACUUGACCUUUUGCCAAAUUAUCAGAUCUAUUAGUGAUUUUGUCAUUUUUAUUUUCGUGGUACUGAAUCUGAGCUUUAUAAAUUAUUUGAAAUAUUAUAAAACUGCAAUGAAAUGUUACAACUAUUUUUUUGUGUAUUCCUCACUGGGGAAAAAAAGAAGGAAUAUUUAGAACCUUUAAUUUCAUCGUAAAGAUCUACGAUGGGAUGAAAGGCACCAGUGUAAGACUCUCCCCCUUCUCCUCUAGGUGACACCACGUACCUUGACAUCUUUAGGGAGUUUUCUCACAUGGCGUCACACGACCCCGAAAAGCUGAAGCGCCGUAGCGUUCACUUCCGCCACUCCUUCAGGUAGCUUGCGGCCGCACGCCAGGAGCCCCAGCUUCUACUCGAAGUGUGCUGCCGUCACUGUCUGGGUGGUCGUUCUCUCCAUCUCGAUCUCCAGCAGGCCGCCCCUUCGAAGGACUUCCAUGGACAGAGACUGAGAACUAGAUGGGACCUUCUCCAGCGGCUUCUGUUUCUGAUAAAAUCACUAAAACUGGGCUUAAAUGAGAGGCGUCCAUCAUGCUGUAGCCUUUUACUAAAGAUUGUUUCACUUUAUCAACACCGAAGGUUAUUUUUUAUUGAAAAGAAACACCACUUAAUGAUGGUUAAUGGACUCUAACCAUUUCCAUGCGACUACAGAGUAAUUAUACAGGAUAUACAAAAAGAAGCAUAUAACUAAAUUAAGGGGCUAAGUUAGAUUGCAUGUCAUGUUGGCUACUAAUGAGGGACAGAAAAAUGCACGUAGUUUUUCAUGGGAGUCGACUGAGCCAAAUUAGUCAGGAACAUGUGACUGCUAGAGACUCAAUUGCUGUUACAUUGAAGUGUUUUCCAUGUUUUAGUAUGAAUCCUUCAUAAUUUAUGCCUUAUGUUUUGUGGGGAUUUGCAGGACUUUUCCUCUUAUUUCAUGUAAAGUGAUUUGAUAUACUUUUUUUCAUUUCUUGGUGGCACUAAUAGCAUAUAUAUGCAAGCUUAUGGAGGAACUGUAAGGUUUAACCUCUCAGAGCUGGGCUAUCAAACAUUUUUCCUGACGAGAACAGAAGGGUCUUGUCCAACGGUAUAUGAAACGGAUACACAAGAGAUGAACUUGGUAGUGGGUGCAAUGUAAUGGUGAAUGGUGGUGAGUUAAAUAUGAAUCACUGUGAAAAAAGCGAAGUCACUUGCAUCCAUCUGUCUAAGACUGCCUGUCAGUUAUAUUGUCGAUCCAUCUUGGAACUGCAUCCUCUGGUGAGGGAUCGUGGUCAGCUGUAUUGAGGUUAAACUGAAUAGUCUUUGAAUCCAUCUACAACUUAAUAGGCAUAUUUAAAGUGCUAUUUAAUUAUUUUCAUUUCUCAGCAUCUGAUUCUAUAAGGAUGUAUUACCAGCCUCUGUGCUGGUAACUUCAUGUCGAACGUAGACUUCUCCAUACUGGUGUAGUUGUUAUAACAAAAAUAUGACAGUGUAUUCAUGACAGUAAAGGGUAGGUAUUUUAACUUGUUAUACACUUCUACGCAAUUGAACACACCUAUUUAACCAAGCCUUCUGUACACUCUAUUGUUAUACAGAAGUAAAGCAUGUGGUGGUAUCUUUAUGCAUGAUUCCGGUUCUUUUAUCAUUCUUCUACAUGGUGACUAUGCUGGUGUAGUCAAUAUUUGUGUAAAAAUGCUAAAAUAGUGUAUAUAUAUAUAUAUAUAUAUAUAUAUACACACACACAAUGUAUUUAAACAUUUUGGGAGCAAAAUGCUAAUAUAUCUCAAAUUAAUGGUAUUUUGUAAUACUGAUGUGAUGGCCUUUUGGUAAGCCUGUGUUUUGGGUUGAAAAUAAACAAUGAUUUUACUAGAUAUAUUUA